AUGGCUUCUCCCAGCAAGGCGAUCAACAGCACGGUCAACCCGAUCAUCCCGGGCUUCGCACCCGACCCUACCAUCAUCAAGCACAUGGGCAAAUACUGGCUCGUCAACUCGACGUUCCAAUUCUUCCCCGGCCUCCCCGUCUACCACUCCACCGACCUCACGCACUGGACGCACGCCCACAACGCCAUCUCCCGCCCCAGCCAGCUCUCGGUGCUGCGCUCCUCCGCCGACCUCAUCACGGCCCGCAACCCGGACGCCCCCAACACCAAGCUCUGCUUCCAGGGCGGCCUGUACGCGCCCACACUGCGGUACCACGCCCCCUCUUCGACGUUCUACCUGCUGUGCACCAACAUCGUGCGGCCCGACAGGGCGGACCAGACGGUCAGCGAGGCGCAGAACUUCUGGAUCACGUGUCGUGAUUUGGAGGUGGGGGAGUGGAGCGAUCCCACGUAUUUUGAGUUUGAGGGCAUUGAUCCGAGUAUUUGGUUUGAAGAGGAGGAGCAGCAGGAGGGAGGGAAGAAGACGAGGGCGUAUGUGGUGGGGAGUCGGGGCCCGGGGCCCGGGACAAAGAUUAAUCUGUUUGAGGUGGAUUUGGAGUCCGGAAAGAAGUUGAGUGAGGAGAAGACGCUGUGGGAAGGGGAGAGGAAGUCCUAUCCGGAGGGGCCACAUAUUUAUCAGGAAGGGGGGUGGUAUUGGUUGCUGAUCGCGGAGGGGGGAACGCAUGAGGGUCAUUGUAUCAAUGUGGCGAGGAGUAAGGAGCUGUGGGGGCCGUAUGAGUCGAAUCCCGGGAAUCCGAUCGUGAGGGCUGUGCCGUAUGGGGAGGAUGUGCAGUGUACGGGCCAUAUGGAUUUGGUGGAGGGGGAGGAUGGGCAGUGGUUUGGGGUGUGCUUGGGGAUACGGAGGAGUGGAGAGAAGGGCGUGAGGAUGACGCAUGGUAGGGAGACGUUUUUGACGAGGGUGUGGUGGCCGGAGAGCGAGGAAGGAUGGCUGAGGGCCGAGAAGGUCGAGUUGGGAGUGGAGGGGAAGCAACGGGAUGGUAAUUGCGUGCCUAAAGUGGAGAAAGGGAGGGAUGGCUUGGAUUUGCUGUGGGUCAGGGAGCCGACGCUGGGAGACUACGUGAUUGAGGGCGAUGGGGUGAGAGUGAAGGUGAAAAGUAGUAAAGGUGACUUGAGUCAGUGGGAAGAGCCGGUGAGUUUCGUUGGGAAGAGGCAACGGUUAACGGAGGCGAGGAGUGAGGUCACGCUCAGGACAGAUGGGGCUGGAAAAGGCCUGAAAGCCGGCUUGGUGGUCUACAAGGAUGAGCACCGGUUCGUGAGGAUCUUUCUCGACGGGGACAAGAAAGUAAAAUGGGAGCUGCUGAACAAGGCGAAAGAUUUGGCGGACUCAAAGGAGCUGGACCAUGGGAUAACUGGUCAGGAUCUGUGGCUGCAGAUCAGCUAUGACGAGGAAAAGUACAUCUUUGCGUACAAGGAGAGUAAGGGCGCUCAAUGGACGAAGGUGAUCGAGAUGGACCAUGCUCAGCUGUCAGGCCCAGAUUUCGUGGGACCGGUCAUUGGCGUCUUUGCUACGGGAGAGGUUGGACAGGAGGUGAAGUUCGAGGAUUUCAUGGUAGAUAUUGAAUAG